AUGAACACAAGAGGAGCUGGUGCACCAGGAGGACCUGGAGGUCCAGGUGGACCAGACGGCCCUGGAGGUCCAGGUGGAUUUGGCGGAGGAACAGGAAUCGGCGGUGGUCUUGGACCAGGAGCUGGAGGUGCUGGACCGUCUGGAGGUGCUGGUGGAACAGGUCCGGUAUCUGUCUCUUCUACUGUAAGCGUCGGUGGUGCUGGCGGACCAGGCGCAGGUGGACCAGGAGCAGGUGGAGCAGGAGCUGGUGGUGUGGGAACUGGAGGAUUUGGAGGUCCAGGUGGAUUCGGUGGACCGGGCGGUCCUGGAGGACCAGGCGGCCCAGGAGGAGCAGGCGGAGGCGCCGGCGGCGCUGGCGGAUUGUACGGACCUGGAGGUGCUGGAGGAUUGUACGGUCCUGGAGGAUUAUACGGACCUGGAGGAGCUGGUGCACCUGGAGUUCCCGGAGCGCCAGGAGCUCCGGGUAGAGCAGGAGGUAUCGGAGGUAUAUCCGGAGCUGGUGGUGUCGGACCUGGUGGAGUCUCUGGAGGUGCUGGCGGAGGAGGUGUAUCAGUUACAGAAUCAGUUACUGUUGGUGGAGCCGGAGGAGCAGGAGCUGGUGGAAUCGGUGGACCAUCAGGUCUGGGAGGAGCCGGAGCAACUGGUGGAUUCGGUGGUGCUGGAGGACCUGGUGGACCUGGAGGACCCGGUGGACCAGGAGGAUUUGGUGGUGUAGGCGGAGGAGCAGGAGCCGGUGGUGUCGGACCUGGCGGAAUCUCUGGAGGUGCUGGCGGUGCUGGCGGAUCAGGUGUAACAGUUGUAGAGUCAGUUACUGUUGGUGGAGCCGGAGGACCAGGAGCUGGUGGUGUCGGUCCAGGAGGUGUCGGAUCUGGAGGAGUUGGACCGGGAGGUAUUUACGGACCAGGAGGAGCUGGAGGACUCUACGGACCGGAUGCAGGUGGAGCCUUCGGCGCAGGAGGAAGAGCUGGUGCACCAGGAGGACCUGGAGGUCCAGGUGGACCAGGCGGCCCUGGAGGUCCAGGUGGAUUUGGCGGAGGAACAGGAAUCGGCGGUGGUGUUGGACCAGGAGCUGGAGGUGCUGGACCGUCUGGAGGUGCUGGUGGAACAGGUCCGGUAUCUGUCUCUUCUACUGUAAGUGUCGGUGGUGCUGGCGGACCAGGCGCAGGUGGACCAGGAGCAGGUGGAGCUGGAGCUGGUGGUGUGGGAACUGGAGGAUUUGGAGGUCCAGGUGGAUUCGGUGGACCGGGCGGUCCUGGAGGACAAGGUGGCCCAGGAGGAGCAGGCGGAGGCGCCGGCGGCGCUGGCGGAUUGUACUGA